AUCAAACUUGUAGCCAGUUCCUACCGUCAAACAAAACUUAAAAAUAUCGCUAUAUCAAAUCACGACCGUCAAUUUUAUCAAGGGAACUACUACGUUCAUACAUGGCAUUAAGAUCUUCUUUGUUCCUUCUUCAAUCGCUUGUUUUUUUUUCUCCUUGAAUGAUGAUAGCUCAAUCUGUGUUUACUUUCUGCGAAGUCAUCACCGUUUCCAUUUUCGUCGUCUUCUCUCUUCGUCUCUUCCUAAGAUUCGUCACCCGUCCAUGGCGUCGCCACCGCAAAUUCACGUUCCGCAAGAACCAGGGGAUAAAGACGGUGGACGAUCAUUCUUCUCCGCCGUAUUGCGCCGUGUGCAUGCAAGAGGCAGAUGAAGGAGACGAGAUGAGAAGAUUGGCGAUUUGUCUUCACUCUUUCCAUGCAGACUGUAUCGAUACAUGGUUCUGUGAGAUGUCGACCUGUCCGUUGUGUAGAGCUGAGAUUCCGCCUUUACCGCCAGUGAAUCCUCUUCUCUUACUGUUUGUUUCCGCAGGUGUACUCGAUUUGUUCAACAACAAAUCAUUCUCGACGCGUAGCAUAGCUCUCUAGCUAAUCUUGAAAUAUAUGUUUCUAAAUUAACAUAAUAAUAUUAUAUUAUUUGUAUAAAAAAUGUUGGCAUACCUCAGACGUGUUAGACUUUCGUACUUGUUUUUCUUUUGAUAAUACUUUGCCUAACUCCGACAUGCUAAAAAUAAUUGUAAAUUAAAGUUUAUCUAUAAAUAGUUUGAUUUUUUU